CCACUAUCAAACAGCUCUUGUCCCUUUCGUUAGUUUCUCCCAAAAUCAGAUCUUUUCAACUGGGCCACCUCAAGAAUCAGUCUUUAUUAGAAUUCCAAGGUUUUGAGUCAAUUUUCUCGUAUGUCGACAUCGUUUUUGCUGGGUCCCCCACACCCCUCACUGAGUGGGCCCUAUGACUCUGAUGCCCACCCCAUCCCUUUCAUCCCCACUCCUAUCGCGACCAGACAAAUAAAAGAUCUGGUUUUUAUUUACUUGCUCCCUUUCUCUGUGUCUCUGAUUCUCUCCAUAUUCCCAUCUCUUCAAAUCUGCCUCUUUCUUCUUGGUGAUACAAAAAGGAAUGGAGCUUUUUGCUUGAUUCUUUAGUUGCUGCAUAGAGACAUAUGGCUGGCCUACAUGAGGAGAGGAUGGGUGCAAAUGCGUCUCCGGAAGCCUUGAAGAGGCUGUUUUCACUGCCAAGACUGUCGAGCGAACAAGGGUUUGAAUCAGCGGAUAGUGAGAGCAGGCACGGGUCGACUCUGGCCUUCGAGAGUAGCUUGAAAUGCCACGAGACCGAUCUGCAAUCAUCGUCCGUUGAAUUUGGCUCUACACGGGUGAAGAGUGAGAUUACCACAGAGACACAUUUAACUCCCGGGAAUCGGAGUCUUGAAAGGGGGAUGGUGAAGAAGAAACAGAGGUGUCGUGUGGUUGGUGGUGAGGACGGGUUGAGCACGAAUACGGUGGUGCAAGAUUCCCAACACGGGACUGAAUCUUCGUGUUCGAACUCUUUACCUGUCGUGGUUCCUGUUUCCUACCAAAGCUAUCAGGAGACCUCGAAGGAUGCUUACUUGUUUAGGAAUUGUGGGAGCUCGAUGGAUAGUUCGAACUUUGAUCGCAGCCCGGAAGAGCAGGUAACUGCCAGUUCUGAAUCGGGCGUAUCUGCUCGGAUAGCGAGUAAGGCUAGAAGAAACUCGAAUGCUAGGAAUAGUAUGAAGAUUAUGUGGUUGGGAGGGAAUCAUUCUUCAUCGAUGAUCAAGCGAGAGAGCAGGGAUCUCGAGGAAGCAACUCCCGAAGAAGGACAAGUUCUGAAACAUAGUGACGACGUGAGGUGCGUCUCGAGAGAAAGAACGAUGAGGUGUGAGAUGUCAGGGGAUGGCAAAUCGCUAGAGACGGGCUCUGAGGUGAUGAACAAGUGCAAGGACGAGUUUUGGGUGAACGAAUCUGCAGAUUCGUCGAUGGUGAAACGCUGUAAGAAAUCCGUGAUAGGCGAUGAUAAGGCUAUUGCUGGAUUUGAUCUCAACAAAGACUUAAACUCGAAUGAGCAGGACGACUGUGUUCAGCCGGUUUUGCCUUGUGUCUCGUCUCACAGUGUGAUACGCGUAGUAGCAAAAGCCGGAAUACCUAGUGGCAGACGGCCUAUGUUUCCUUUGGAAUUCGAAGGCGGCCUAUGCUGGAAGGGUGCUUCCAAAACAAGCGCUUUUCGUUCCACAAAGAAUUCAGAUGGAAGAAGAUGCUCCACGAUUCACGGGACAAAAGACCUUGAAGGCUUCAAAGGCAUCGACCUCAACGUUGCUGUUGAAGAAGAUAUUCCUGCCUACGGGACUCCAACCGAGCAAGCCAAGAGCCCUUUGAUCGAUCUCAAUUGCCUCUACGAGUCCGCUGAAGAGCUUUCUCAACCUAAACUGGAAAAAUCACCGUUGGUAGACUUGAACUUGGACACGGAGAGGUCCAGCAACGACCACUGGCUCGACCACAAGAAUGUUGAGUUCCCAAAUUUCAGCAAAAGAGACGUUUAUUUAUCCGACUUGAGUAGUAUACGUCGUAUACACAACACUGGCCAUUCCCUAAAGGCUUUGCCUCAAUAUCUCCAGCAAAUGGAGCUCGUACCACGACAUAUCCUACCAACCACGAGCUAUUUCCACGAACAUGGAAUUUUCCCAGGAGCAUACAACGCCCCUCAUACUGGCCAGUUUGUCCAUAAGCAGAGCACCAGUAGCAAGAUGGCCGCGUUUGCCCCAAAACUCGAGGCCAAGACCAAAGAGCUCUUGUCAACAAAUGGGAGCAAGAGUGAGGGGCUUAUGUAUUUCCCCUUUCUCUCUAACGAACGUAUGAUGCAUCAAGACGCUUGGUAUGCGGCCUCUUUGAAAAGGAAGGAGCCCCCCGAGGGAGGGCUCGACUGCUUCCACCUCGGCUACAAACAGCUAACUUAGUUCCUUCUUACACAGGGAUCCAACCAUCAAGACUUUGCUCAGCUAUGUCUACUAACUUUCAUAUUCCACAAAUAUUUUGCCCUUUCACACUGCUUCUCAACUUGUGUAUAACUGUAGAAAUUAGAAUACAUUGAGAUAUCUUCAAGAUUCUUGAUUUUUGCCUACCAAAUUCAUAGCUUUGUGACAUGCUUUCAAACAUGUGCACUUCUCAAUGUCUCAUGCCUUUAACAAUUGCUUCCGUUGUGAGAGUUGCUCCGGCCUGUUUAAGAUUGCUUUCUUGGGAUAGUUUAGUAGUCGAUUUUUCGUAGCGGGCUUGUUGGUUCGUGACUAGAGAACCCGAGACCAGGUCACUAUAGCCGGCUCGGAUCCUACCCUUGUGAAGCUUCUGAUAACUUAGAUGAGAAAAGUUGAAUAUGCACAUAUUCUUGAAUCGAAUAGCAUAGUAUUUUUUGGCCUUUUUAUGACAUUGGUGAACAAUCUUGAGAGAUGUGGUAGAAAAAUAAGGUGAUUAGUAGUGAACUGUAAAUUUUCCAUUUUUAUUUGAUUUUCAAGAAAAUA